AUGGGCGAUCGAGCGUUGGACGAGUAUGGACUCCCUGACGAUGAUGCCCUUGCGAGGCGGGAAGCUCUUAUGGAAAGAUUGCGGUCCCCACCACAGGAAGCUGGCGCACCAAAAGCAAAGAAACGUUUGAGCAUUUCACAAGACGAUUUGGCGCCAUCGAAGAAGAAGAAGAACAUUUCUAUCUCCAAUCCUUAUACUGGUAAGCUUCCCACAGUAGUGGGAGCUAGUUCCAAAGCAAACGACAAAUCGAAGAUAUCGGAUGCUAGUGCUGCCCAAACUCCGGAACCGGAGCGGUCUCCUAGUAUCUUGGAGAUAGAUUCCAAAGCUUUUCUUCUCUCCCAAGGCCGAAAUGAAAAUUCACCGCAGAGGAACCCGUCACCUACGCCACCACGAAGACAUAUACAAGGAGCCAAAGUCUUUGUUAUGAAACGAAAUGCAAGUCAUAUGCAGAGGGCUUGCUCUGAUGUUGGGGAUCAUUUUGAUAUCCCUGGUCUUAAAACUGGUACCGUGAGAAUGCGUGCAGAUCUCAUAGAGGAGUGGAUCAAUGCAAGAAAUCUGGGUAACGACCCAUUCUUGGUGCCCGAUGGUCGCAUGGUAGAUUCGAACAUAUGUACAUAG